AUGUUUACUUUCAGAUCUCACGGCCUCCUGGUGGGGCUUGUUAUCCUCGUUGCUCUGGCCUCACCGGCCGUUGCCUUCGGAGCUGGUAACAUUGCCUCAAUCUCCAAGGUUGAGGGUCAGAACUGGCGUCACGGCGAUAUCACUGAUGCACUCCUGAUCCUGUCCCAGGCUCAGGCCCUCAAUGGCAAGAAGUUCAACAAAAUCAACGUCUCUCGUGUCUACUUCGGAAACUGGCUUCGAGAUUAUUCCCAGGCUAUCGAUGUCGGCACUGUCAAGUCCGUUUCUGCUGAGGCCAUUCGUCUCUUGCUCUGUGUUCUCGGCUUCAUGACCUUCGGUUAUGGUUCUGGCGAGUUCGAGGUCACUGCGGAACGACUGGGCUGCUACCGUCCCGAGGACCACAUCGACAACCCCAAGGACUACGCCGAGAACGUCGAUGCUCGCCAGUACGAUGAGCGCCUGCGAGGACCAAUCGAUGAAGAACGAGAGCUUAGUAUCGACCCUGAGACGGGCAUGAAGAACUAUAUUGCAAACGAGCGGGCACGUAUCAUGACUUCUGCCAAACACAUCAAGAAGCUUUUCAGUGGUACUAUUGAGCUCGCUCGUCGAUACAAGGACUCCCGCCGAAAGGCGGACAAGUACGAGGCUCUUCGCCUUAUGGGAACCGGAUUGCACUGUCUGGAGGAUUUCUUUGCCCACAGUAACUACUGUGAGCUGGCCCUUAUUGAGUUGGGUGAACGCGAUGUCUUCCCCCACGUCGGACGUGACACACAGAUUGAGAUUGAGGGUGCUAGGGAGCCCGUCUAUCCCGUCGUUACAGGCACUUUCGGUGGUGUUGAUUUCCUGCACUCAGUCACUGUCUCCGACAAGCUCACACAGAACGAAAUCGAGGAGCUCGAAGGCACUCUUCAGCAAGGUGCCAACUCUGACACCAGCAUGCUUCGCGAUCUGCUAGACAAGAUCCCCGAUGGCAUCUUCGGUGACAAGCACCAGAGUGACCGAGUUGACGAACUCCAGAACAGCGCCGCUGCUGCUCAGAUGGAGAACACCACUGUUUCUCCUCGUGACCCUGAGGAGUUCACUCAAUACAUCCAGAAUGUCUUUAAGCAAGUCAUGCCUGCUAUUGAGUUCCAUGACGACAUCAUGAAGGGCAUCUCCACCGCCAUGGAGAGAAUUCCUGUCUUGCCCAAGAUCAUUGAGCAGCUGGAGGAGCAGCUUUCCGUCUUCAUCUUCUCCAUUAUUGCUCCUUUCAUCGUUCCUCUCAUCCAACAGAUCCGCAACGAGCUCAAGACCGGUUCCGAUGAGAUCAUCGCAAGCAGUGAGCGCGAGCAGCACAUCGUCUUUAACGAUGACCGAUCUACUGACCCUACCCACUCCAUGCUUUCCAAGGAUCAUUUCUCAAACAUUCUCAAUGAGAUUGCUGGUCGAAAUGCUGCCUCUAUGGUUCAAUGGGUCGUUCCCCAGCUCAUGGAUGCCAUCGAUGACGACGGUACCGACGUGGAUAGACUCCUCGAUGAUAUUGUCGACGGUGUUCUGCACCAUCCCGCUCAGCGCGACCUGGGAAGCCGCAAGGCUCAGGAAGGUCGUAACCGCUUCUUCAAGGGUAUUGAGGAGUGGUGGCAGGAGAUGGGCGAUGGUCAGCGUGAGGAAUACCGUGGCAAGCUGACCCGAGAUGGUGUCCAAAACGGAGAGAACCACAAGGAGGGUGUUCAAGACACCGGUCACGGCCACGGCUGUGCUGGCAAGCUUAAGAUGCGCAAGCUGUACGGCGGUGGCCCCGAAACUCUUGAGGAUAAGAUUGCUGGCGCUGCAGCUGAUGCCAUCUUCAAGGGUGCCACUGGCGCCCUCUCCGGAAUGGUUGAGCAAAAUACCGGCUACAAGAUGCCCUCGUCUUCCCAAAAGGAGGAGAAGGAGGAGGGCGGUCUUAGUGGCUUCCUCAACCAAGCAAGCUCGCUUCUUGGCGGCGCUUUCGGUGACAAGGAUACUGAGAGACAGUCCAGCAGUCGCCGCGAAGAUGACGGCUCUUACACUAGAACUGAAGUAGAGUAUGGUCGUCACGGCGAUCGCUACGGUCAGGCCGAGUACUCUGAGACUCAGCGCCCUGAUGGCAGUGAGCGUCAAGAGUACCGCCGAUAUGAACAGAAAGACUCUUCCGAUGGUCGCCAUACCGGUGGCUAUGGCUACGAGGAGCGAACCGAGACUCAUCAAUCUUACUCUGGAGGUUAUGAACAGCGGACUGAGCGAACUGAAUACUACGGUUCGAACGAGGAGAGCCAUAGCCGCCGUCGCGAUGAUGACAACAGCGGCUACGGUGGACGUCGUCAGGACGAGGGUGGUUAUGGCGGCGGCAGCAGCUACGGUCGCCAAGAACAGAGCAGCUAUGGAGGUGGCUAUGGUGGUGGCAGUGGCGGCUAUGAGCGUCGUGAGGAGAGCAGUUAUAGCAGCCACGAGCGUCGUCAGGAGGGUGGUGACAGCUACGGACGCCGGGACGACAACGGUUACGGCGGAGGCUCUGCUGAUGACUAUAUCCGCCAAAGCCAGGGAAGCUAUGGCCGUGAGCGCCGUGGCAGCCGUGGAAGCAACGAGUAUGGUGAUAAUGGCUACGGUGGUGACCGACGUUUCUAA